ACUUUGUGAUUUACGUAAGCCAGUGGUUGCUUUAUUGUCGAAGAUGAUUCAAGAGAAGUGGACGGAUUUGGUGAAAGGCUGUUGCUCGAAUCAUUAUAAUCUUAAAAUUAAAUCAAAUCAUGGCAAUUAUCACUGCCCAACGACAGUUAGUUUUGCUCUGUGUGCUUUUAAUGCCGACGAUGAACUACUCGUUACAAUAGAUAGCAAUGGUAUUGCUUACUGUAUCGAUCUGUCCAGUACCCCAGCUUAUCGAGUAUUGGGCUCUGUAGGUCCGAGUACCAGUCUAAUGUUCAACCCUACGGAUAGAAAUGAACUUUUUAUUGGCUUAAAUUCAACGAGUAUUAAGGUUUUAAGAAUAAAUGAUAUUAGUAAUUUUUGCUUGUUAGCCGGUCAUUCGGCGCCAAUUAUAAAUAUAUCAUUUUACAAAGAUUAUUGUAUGACAGCGUCGAGUAAAGAAGUGAUUAUAUGGCAAAUCCAGUCGUACUGCAAGGUUUAUCAAUUGCUUCUGAACGUAAAGAGUAUAGUUAUCAAGAAAGCCAUAUUUUCAAAUUUAGGUCAUGUAGCUAUUUUAUAUGAGAAUAAUUUGAUACAAUCGUGGAUGUUUCAACAAUUUGAUAAAGAUAAUAAAAUUAAUGCUCGAAAGUAUGGUUUGAAAAAUAUUAAGGAUCUUCAGUUUACGAAAGAUGGGAGAGCAAUGAUUGUAUGUGGAGUGCAGAAUAAAAUUUUAGUAUUUAAUACUACAAAUUACGACCUGUUAAAAAGUACAGAUUGUUUUACGGGUGUAAGGCAAUUUUCAGUGAUUUCGUUACCAUUGGAUGGUGGGGCAAAUUCGAUUGUAGCAGUCCUCACGACGGAUUGUACUUUGAAAUUUGUAAAUUUAGUUACAUCUGAUAUUAUUGACAGUUGUUGUGAAUCACUGACAGGAAUAAAGAAAAUUCUAGUUUCGCAUAGAGGGCAUUACAUGGCUUACAUAAGUAAAGAAGGACAUUUGGAAAUUAUAGUUUUAAAUAAAAUUCUACAUUUACAUUUUAAUCCCAGGCUUAGAAUAAAAAGGGAACAAAAAAAAUCUGUUUCCCAUCAAACGGAGGAUAAUUUAAAAUAUGUGCACCAUGCCAUAAAAGAGGAAUUGAAGUUGCAGCGGCUAAUGCCAAUAUUAAAAGAAUUUGGCGAGUAUCCUGAAAAGCAUCGGAGAUUGAUUUGGACAACAAUCAUGGAAUUACCCAGUAACAAGAAAGCCUAUAAUAAUUUUUCAAAUAAAGCGCCGCACGAAGCAAUAUUUGACAUAUUAAAGAUUGAUAUUUCAACCGAUAAAACUAGAAAUACACCGGUGAGCAUAACACUAAGUUGCUUACUUCACUGGUGUCCAAUUCUUGAAAAAUGCUCUUUCCUACCAAAAUUAAUCGCACCUUUUGUAAAUGUCUUUAAGACUAUUCCAAUUCUUGGAUUCGAAGCAUCCGUAUUUAUUAUUUUAAAUUAUUGUCAAAAAUGGUUUGAAUAUCAUCCUUUGCCACCUCUCAAUGUUCUAGGCAUAAUUGAAAAUAUAUUGUUAGAAGCGGAUCCGUUACUUUUUAAUUAUUUCGCUAAUAAAGGCAUUACAUCUAGUGAUUACGCAUGGCCUUUGCUACAAAGUACAAUGAGCGAGGUACUCGGAACGAAAGAUUGGCUAAUUAUGUGGGAUCAUUUACUCUCGCUUUGCAAACCAUGGUUCCUCCUGAUGUGCACAGUAGCAUAUAAUAUUAUCUAUCGUAAAACUAUCACUACGAAGUUACAAACCGUCGAUGAUUUGCAACAAUUUUACAAGACUCAAGGACACGUUUCCAUUAAAAAUUUAUUAAAGGUUGCUCAUAAAUUAGAUUGCGAAACACCAUACGAAAUCCAUCCGCGCCGAUAUCUUAAGAAAGAUAUAAAUGUGUUAGCAAAGGAAGGGCCGUAUCCGCCGUUUCUCCAAUUCGAAUUUCCAAAAUAUUUAACGGAUGAAUUGCGAGGUGCGAAUCUAAAGCAUCUUAAGGAGAAAGAGCGUCAGUUACGAGGACUGCAACUUAACACAGCUGAACUUAUGGAAGAGAAACGACUGCGUAUAGAAAAAGAUAAUUUUAUGAAAAGUAUACAGGAAAUGAGGUUAAAUGAAAUUCGUAGGUGCUACGAGAAUCAAGUAUUGGACGAUAAGAGGCUAUUAGAAUAUGCAAAGAGACAAACGGACGAUUCGAAUUCUUGUCAAUAUUUACACAAGACAAAAUGGACCAAUUUAGAAUGCGACGGUCAAGAGUAUAUUUGUACAGCAGAUUUUAAGAGAAAUAAACGAAAAAAUAAAUAUAAAAAUUGCAAAUUACUUCAGGAACAAGUAGAUCGAUUGGAAUUUGAAGUGCAAGAUUUACUUACAACACUGUAUAAUAAAUCAUCGAGGACAAAAUCGAAAAUUAUAUAGGUGCUCUGAUAAUUUCGUAUAGCGUUAAUAAAGCCU